GCUGGAUCCUGCUGCUCACUCCAGGACACUCCAGUUCAGAGUAACUCCUCCGAAACGGUUUUCUCCUGAGUCUUUGCAAUCACCGAGUCGUCAGCAUGUCUAUCAGAACAACCAGUGUCAGGUCUACCAGAAGCAGCAUGUAUGGAAGUGGCCCCAUGACCACUUCUAUGAUCUCCCAGCGGUCUGCACCCAAAGCCUACAGUGUUUCUGGAGUCUCCUUCAGUAGCGGUGGUGGUGGACGUAUGUCCUCAUCCAUUUCAAGAAGCAAUGCUUAUGGCUUUGGUGGUGGACUGGGUGCUUCCAUGGGGGGGUAUGGAGGAGAUUCCUUCAACCUGUCUUCUGCCUUGGACUCGGAUACCGUCAGCUUGAAUGAGAAGGCUACCAUGCAGAACCUGAACGAUCGUCUGGCCUCCUACCUGGACAAGGUGCGCUCCCUGGAAGCUGCCAAUGCUAAACUGGAACUGCAGAUCCGUGAGUUCUACGACAAGCAAGGACCAGUUGCCCAGAGAGACUACAGCCACUACUGGGCCACCAUCAAUGACCUGAAGGACAAGAUCAAAACAGCAACCAUCACCAAUGCCAACAUCCUCCUGCAGAUUGACAACUCAAAGUUGGCUGCUGAUGACUUCAGAACAAAGUUUGAGCACGAGUUGAUGAUGCGCCAGUCUGUGGAGGCUGACAUCGCCAACCUGCGGCGCCUGUUGGACCAGACGACCCUGACUAAAGCUGACCUGGAGAUGCAGAUUGAAGGUCUGCAGGAUGAACUGGCCUACCUGAAGAAGAACCAUGAGGAGGAACUGGCAGCUCUAAGAACACAGUUGUCCGGUACCGUGAAUGUGGAGGUGGACGCUGCUCCUCAGCAGGACCUGAAUAAAAUUCUGGAGGAUAUGCGCUCUCAGUACGAGAGCAUAACGGAAAAACACCGCAGAGAGCAAGAGGCCUGGUUCAAUGAGCAGUCUGCAGCACUGACUGUAGAGGUGGCCGCCAACACAGAGACCAUCCAGACAUCCAAAACUGAACUCACAGACUUGAGACGAACUUUGCAGGGCCUGGAGAUAGAACUUCAGUCGCAGCUGAGCAUGAAAGCAGCGCUGGAGAACACAUUAGCUGAGACAGAGGCUCGCUACAGUAAUAUGCUAGCAGGCUUCCAGAAUCAAAUCCACAUUCUAGAGGGAGAGAUAUCCCAGGUCAGGGCCAGCAUCGAGCAGCAGCGGCAGGAAUACACCAUGCUUCUGGACAUCAAGACUCGUCUGGAGAAGGAAAUCAGUGUCUACAGGAGCCUUCUGGAAAAGGAGGAGACCAGGAAUCCCAGCACAGGUGGCUCCACCACCACCUCCACCACCACCGUGUCUAAAACAGUGCGUGUCAGCUAGACGUAGCACGCGACAGUCUGACACACUCACACAGUACAAGGCUCCUGUAUGUCAACGACAAAAUGAGUAAAGCAAGCAAAAAAAGGCAUUGUUAUAAAAUCUAGGAAAUAAAUGCUGACAGUUGAUAAUGAAGAAAAGCAUCUCGUUACUGCGUGUGAGAAACCUGUCUCUGAAAAUAAAGCUUCUGGAAACAAUGUA